ACAAAGUUAGACUGGCCAGGCCUUCCGCUUUAUUAGACAAUGGAAAAUGAAGUUAAAUGUGUUGUAAAGUGGAGUGGUAAAGAAUAUGAAGUUGAUUCAUUAUCUGAAAACGACACAGUCGGAACACUUAAAGAUGCAAUUUAUAAAAGAACCGGAGUAAGGCCUGAGAGACAGAAACUGCUCAAUCUAAAAUUUAAAGGAAAAAUGCCAGAAAAUGAGUGUCAACUCUCACUUAUCAAAAUCAAACCGGGAUUCAAGAUCAUGAUGAUGGGAUCUUUAGAAGAGGACAUUGCUGACGCCAGCACUCCACCUGAGGACUUGCCAGAGGUUUUUGAUGACUUUGAUAUUGAAGAUGAAGAGGAAGUCGCAAUUGAAAACAAAGAAGUGUAUCUUGCCAAAAUUGAGAAGCGAAUUCGAGAGUAUGAGAUUAAACUGCUGUGUGAACCAAGAGAAGGGAAGAAACUACUCGUACUGGAUAUUGAUUACACGUUGUUCGAUCAUCGAUCAGUCGCUGAGUCUGGCUAUGAGCUCAUGAGACCUUAUCUGCAUGAGUUUCUCACUUCUGCUUAUCAAGAUUAUGAUAUAGCUAUUUGGUCAGCCACAAGUAUGAAAUGGAUUGAGAAAAAGAUGGAUCUCCUGGGAGUUUCAAAUAAUAGUUCAUAUAAAAUUAUCUUCUACUUGGAUUACCUUGCCAUGAUAUCAGUUCACACACCAAAAUAUGGAGUUGUUCAGGUGAAGCCUCUCGGAGUUAUUUGGGGCAAAUUUCCACAGUACACAUCAGCAAACACAAUCAUGUUUGAUGAUAUCAGGCGCAACUUCCUCAUGAACCCAUCAAAUGGUCUUCGUAUUCGAGCCUUUCGGCAAGCUCAUGUCAAUCGAUCAAGUGAUAAAGAACUGUUGAAACUCGCCAAGUACCUUAAGGAGAUAGCUACGGUAGAGGACCUGUGUACAUUAAAUCACAGAAACUGGGAGAAACUUGUGACGAAAAAAAGAAAGGACAAAAAGAGAAAAAGGAAACGGUCUGGGACAGGAAGUAGUGUGAUGGAUGGGAACAGCAGCUCUGCCAACAGCGACAACGCAGAUUGUGGAGGGUCAUUGAGUGACAGUGGACUUGAUGAUGAUAAUGGGUCACUUGACGGUGCUAACCUUUAACAAAGCCUUGAGUGCAUUUCACAGACAUUAAUUAAUACGUAUUAUAUAUAUAUAUAGAUUUAAAUUAUGGUUUCAUUGUUAAUUAUUAUGUUGUUGAUAUAAUUGUACCAUUUGAAUAAACAUUUUUCUACUACUCUCAA